AUGAAGCGAGCCGCAAGUCUUCUUACUUUUAGCCUCGUCGCACUAUCUGUGCAGGCCGAACAAACGCAAACAUGCGAAAGGACUAAGGUUGCUGUACUGGGUGCGGGUAUGGCUGGAGUCACAGCUGCAAAAUCUCUUUCAGAUAAUGGGAUUGACGACUUUCUCCUGGUUGAGUACCAAGACCGCAUUGGAGGGCGUAUGCAUGAUGUCAGCUUCGGCAGCGGAUUAGAAGGCCAUCCGUACAUAGUUGAAGCAGGAGCGAACUGGGUUCAAGGAACAGUCACGAGCGAGGGCCCUGAGAACCCAAUUUACACUCUGGCCAAGAAGAACAACAUCAUAACCCUGGAAACUGACCAGGAUAGCACGACAUAUUUUGAUGAACACGGCCCGGCAGACUAUGGUUAUGCGAUUCGCGAAUUCCAAGAGGCCGUGCACAAAGUGACUAUUGAUGCAGGAUCCCUCCUGAAGGACAACAUCCAGGAUCGGUCUUUUCGUGCCGGAUUACGCCUGCAUGACUGGGACCCAGCCAAAAACGAUUCUUACCGACAGACUGCUGAAUGGUGGUUAUUUGAUGGCGAGUUUGUUUACACACCUAGUGAGAGUUCUGAAGUCUUUACCUCGGUGGCUGAGAACGCGACCUUCAACUAUUUCUCCGAGGAAAAUCUUUUUGUAUACGACCAGCGUGGCUUUGCAACUAUUAUUCGGGAGGAAGCUGCACAAUUUCUGGCGGACUCUGUGACUGUGUGGACGGAUCAAGGUUGCAUCGAUGCUGAUUACGCUAUUAUGACCUUCUCGCUGGGGGUUCUCCAGAAGAAUGUUGUAGACUUUGCUCCACAACUCCCUUCUUGGAAGAAAGAUGCCAUCCACGGCUUCGAGCUAGGAACAUACACCAAGAUUUUCAUGCAAUUCCCGGAGCCGUUUUGGGAUAACACGCAGUACCUCAUCUAUGCGGAUCCUGAAACUCGAGGCUACUAUCCCGAAUUCCAGCCCCUUGACCUCCCGGGUGUGUUGGAAGGAUCGGGUCUUAUGAUCGCGACGGUCGUGAACGACCAAUCUUACCGAGUAGAGGCGCAAUCCUUCGAAGAAACACAGGUUGAAGUCAUGGAAGUUUUGCGCAAUAUGUACGGCUCGAAAAUCCCAGACCCGACUCAUCUUUGGUACAAGCGGUGGACACAAACACCUUGGGCGUAUGGAUCCUACUCCAACUGGCCUCCAUCCACCAGUCUACAAGCGCAUCAAAACCUGCGUGCGAAUGUCGGCAACCUCUUUUUCGCAGGCGAGGCCACAAGCCAGGAAUUCUUUGGCUAUUUACAGGGCGCCUACUUCGAAGGCAAACAUGUGGGUGAAUUUAUUGCAAGUUGCUUGCAGGAAACAGGCAAUUGCACAAUCACGGACGAGCAGCAAAAAUAUCCCGUUUUGACUGGAGUGACACCAUACAACCUGUAUAAUGAUGAGCAUGGAUGGUUUGUGGAUACAGUCUCCUGA